GGGAUUAUUGGCCGGGGGUGACCUUGUGCUCGCUGGACACUGCCCAUAAAUACGGCUUCGUGUCGGCAGGUGGAGCAGCAUCAGAGCCGGACCCCACUGCUCAGACCCAUCAUCUCCCUGAGAACAUGAAGCCCCUCACGCUCUGCCUGAUCCUCGUCCUCUCCCUGCUCUUCCACCAGGGGCUCGGAGCCUCCAUUGAAGGGCACAAUGAAGUUGCCAAUCCUGCAGAUCAUCUCGCCAGCACAAACAUGGUGGAGUCAAAUCUAGAGGAGGCUCGACAAAGGACAAAGCGCUGGUCACACCUGUCCAUCUGCCGCUUCUGCUGCAACUGCUGCAAUUUUAAGGACUGCGGAAUUUGCUGCAAGACCUAAAUGCCCAAUUUCCAUCCCAGAAUGAAGAGGCUCGAUAUCAGAAUUCACAAUGUCUGGUGCUUUAAUAUAAAUUAGAUGCUGCCUCCAGUGGAGAAAUGGGGUACUGCAAGUGAUGGAAGAAAACGAUAAUAGGAAGGAAAUUAUCUGUGCCACGAAAAUGGAAAGUUUGUUGUUUUAACCAGCAAUGAACAUUUUUAAAUUAAAUUUCCAUUUUUUUAAAUUUACCCAAUUGGAAGCCCUAUUCCAGAAUCUACAUCCACCAUUUUGGUACGGAGCCUUAGGCCUUGCCACUGCCUCCCCUCCCCCAGCCCUGUAUUUAUAAGCUGUUUUUGAUUAUGAUGAUGAUAUGUUUGUACAGAUAGUUUUUUGUAUUUUUAUGUAAUCGUUUUAUUAGACUGGAUCAUUACUUUUCUAUAAAACCUUCAGAACAA